CGGAAGGAACGCCCGGAGUUGGGGCUGCGGCAGCGGCGUUGGUGGGUCCGGGCCGGCACCGAAGGGGUUAAUCCCCCUCCGCUCCAGUUCCAGAACGUUCGGGGGGCUUCGUACCUGGGGGCGGGAGCCCAAUGUCUGCCGGGGGUGGGGGGCAUGCGGAGCUACCGAUAGGGGACGAUGGCUUGUGGAGGAUGUCAUUGUGGGUGAUUCUGCAGUGAAAAUCUUCUCUUGGAGGUUUUGCCUGAUUUCUUUUCAUCUCACAUCACAGCUGGGACCCCCUCCCUCCAGCACGUGGGUCCCUGCACCCAGGUGACCCAAUGCAGCCAGAACAAGCAGCCCCAAGAUCAUGCUGCAGGUGCUGAGAGCUGCCUUUCCUGUCUGCUUCAGUCCUAUGCCCAGGCAUCAAAGCUGUGGUGCUGGUGGAUCGUGACCACAACAGAGCUGUGUUGCAGCUGCAAAUCUACUUCAUACAUCAAGGGCGCCUCUGAGCAGAGCUGCUGAAGAGCUGGAAGAGGACUGAAGAGCUGGAGAGGACGGCGCAGAGGUUCGGAGGCACACUGUGAUGAUGCUGCGCUGCAGUGCACCCCAUAACGGGGGGCUCACUCGGACGUCCUGAGUGAGGGGGUCCAGUUCCUGCACCUGCCCUCCCACCAUCACCUGUGGCACUUUACUGUCCCCCUCCUGCUGCUGCAUGGGCUGUCCUGGCUCCAGCUCCACGUGGGGCCCAGCCAAGUGAGGCUCCAUGCGGCACAUCCAUGCAGAGACGUCCCUGCCCCCGGAGCCCAACACAGACUCCGGCCUGCCCCAACCCAGCAGAGAGGUGGCCUUGGAGCCUUCCUCGCAGUGCUGCACCCACCACGGCAUCCUCAUGGGCUACAAUGAGACGGAGAUCAAGCGCCAGAAGGUUUACCAGGUCUCCAUCUUCUCCCAUCUCUCCAGCUCCUCUGAGAGCACAGAGCAGCGGGCAGGCAGCCAGCCGGCUGUCAAGAGGGGCUACCCCAAGCAGCGAACUCCAGAGGGGGUGCGGGAUCCCAAACGAACUCACUGGGGUGGCGGGGGGGUGGAUGGCAAGUGUGACAGGGGCCCCAGGCAGGCUGCCCUGGAGGAUGAUGAUACCUUCAAGGAUGGUCUGCUGGUGGAGAAGCUGUCCCUGUGUGGCUCUGCCCAGCACUUCUCUCAUAGCGGGCUGCGGGUGGUGGAGCACCAGUGCGAGGGCAGCUCUAGCCACAGCCCUAAGGCCAGCAGAGAGGACAAGCUGCAGGAUGCCUCCUCCUCCCGGCCUCAGCACAUUGCUUGCAGUACUUUGCACAUGAGAGAUGGUUGCCCCAACCCGCUGGGGGAUCAGCCCGCGGACUGCAGGGAGAACGGGGAGCGGGUGAGUGGCCACAAACUACUUGACUAUCAUUUGCACAAUAUUGCACAAACGUCCCAGCUGGACUCUGGUGGGAGGAGAGAAAAGCCAGGGAGCAGCCCUGCUCAGAGCAGCAGGGCUUGCAGAGGAGAGGAAUGGCCAGUGGCGGCCAAUGGGUGCAAGGAGCCCCCGGCUCCACAGACAGUGCUCAGCCCCGAGCCUGGCAGCCUGAGCUCCCUGGAGAAGACGCCUUGUGGGAGUAGCUGGGUCAGCGGCAGCAGCUGCCAGGCCAAAAGGAAGCUGCUGCCCACUGGUGAAGUUGUGGCCGACUCCUGCUCCGAGGACGAGAGCCUGUCCCCACCGGCGAGGAAGAAGAAGACCCUGCCGUGCCACCUAGUGCCCACAGCCUGCCGCAGCACAGACACCAAGGGGGCCCCUUUCUGGAACCACUUGCUCCCUGCAGCCAAGAGCUCUGCAGACUGCACUGCGGUUGGGAGGAGGCUGAAGAGCGGGCUGCGCCUCAAAUCGCGACAUCUCCGGAGCAGCCUCCGGAGGGGAACCCGGUCCUCUGCAGCACCCUGGGCCACCACCACCAUCAGCCAUGCUCUGCUGGGCAACUUUGAGGAGUCCAUCCUGAAAGGGUGCUUUGCACCGUCAGGACGCAUCGAGGGAUUCACAGCAGAGAUUGGUGCCAGCGGCUCCUACUGCCCCCAGCAUGCCACUCUGCCUGUGGACGUCACCUACUUUGACAUCUCUGAACACAGCGCGCCCUCACCUUUCCUGGGAGUGAUUGACUUGGAGGCCUUGGGAAAGAAGGGUUACAGUGUCCCCAAAGCUGGAACCAUCCAAGUGACCUUAUUUAACCCUAACAAGACCGUGGUGAAGAUGUUCUUGGUGACGUACGACUUCCAGGAUAUGCCGGCCAACCACAUGACCUUCCUACGCCACCGCAUCUUCCUGGUGCCCGUGGAGGAGGAGGAAGGGGCCACCGUGGCCCCCAGUGAGCCACCGGGCACCAGCCCGCCCCGCAGGGUCCUCUGCUACCUGAUGCACCUGAGGUUUCACAGCUCCAAGUCGGGGAAGAUCUACCUUCGCGAUGACAUCCAGCUGCUUUUCUCCCGCAAGUCGAUUGAGGUCGACUCGGGGAUCCCCUAUGAACUGAAAUCUUUCACGGAGAUGCCAAGGAACCCCUGCUACUCGCCCUGGGCCUGACCUUCUCCCUUGCCCCGGGGCUGCUGGGGAGCUCCCAGCCCGGUGCUUCGGGGAGAGAUGAGUAAAGGAGAUGAAGCGCCGCCACCUCGAAGUAUCACCCUCCUCACCUGCCCCGAUGUCGUGGCCGUGUCCCCCGCCAUCACCGAGGGGGCUUCAUGAGGAGGGACAGGGGCAGCCCUGGCGCCCCAAGGCCAUGCCCAAGGCUUUUGCCAGUGUUGCUCCGAGCUGGGAGGCAUGGCUGGAGGCGAGGGGGGAGGCUGCCUGUGCCUGUCCCUGGGGCACGAGCCAAAAGCGUGGAAAGUUUGUAUUAGUAUUUAUUGUUGCUGGGGGGGCAGAGGAGCAGAGGCGCUGCUCUUCCCCCACAGGUGCCGGAUGAGGCCCCAAACAGCAGGGGCUGCACCCCCCAGCCCCAUGGGGCUGCUAGGGGACAGCAAGGGUGGCCGUGUCCCCCCGUGGAAGGAGCCGGUGACUGAGUUGGGUCAGCUGGGGGGGCUCUGUUAAAAGCCCGGGGAGAGGCUGAGACCUGCUGGGUGCCAUCUCGAUGGUGGCCAAAACAUCGUGUGUGUGCGAGGGGUGAAUCCCCUCACCCCUGUGGCUUCAGCAGCCACCAGCCGGGGAAUGACGGAGGAAGGGGGCCAGGCCUAGGCCAUCCUGGAGCAAGGGAGCCCUGCAGGUCGCUGUGUGUGGGGGGGAAUAGGAUUGGGGUGGGGGGGAGAGGGAAGGGGGCCGCCUCAGCAGCGAGCUGGCCCCCUCCCAGAGCGCCACACCGGUACUUCUGUGUUGGGUUUUAUUUAAUAAACGUUUGGAGAUCGAGCCCGGCCCCCCAACGCCCUGAGGGAAUGAGGGAGGGACACGAAGGGGAACCAAGGGCAGCGGC